GAGACUUGGAAAAGAGACACGCGCGUCAUCAUCGGUCCUAACCGGCGCCUCAGAAAGCGGAAUAAUUACACAACUUAUUCCUUAAUUCAGCGAAGAAAACAAGACGAAACCCACAGUUUGCUUUACUUCCAUCCAUGAAUCUUGCUGUGCUUGCUCAUGACUUGCAUCUGUGUAGGAGAAGCAGCAAAACAGUGAUGUGAAAGAGGACACUUUCUGCAUUGUUACGAGAAGAAACUGGAGAUGUGGUGUGUGGGAUUCUGGAGGAUGGGGCACGUCUGUCCGCUGAUGGCAAUGCUGCUUCAGUUACUUCUGCCUGCUAUUAGAGCUGAAAGGGCCUGGAACCAGUACAUACCACGACUGCAGCUCUCACAUACAGAGCUGCGGUCAAGGAACAAUUCAGCCAUGUUCUGGCACAAUGGUGCAGGGGUUAAUGGGUAUUACGAGGUUCUGCUGUUGGAUGAGGAUCGUGGCUGGCUGCUGGUUGGAGGAAGAGACCAUGUCUACAUGCUCGACUCUGAGAGCCUGACCCAGACUAUACACAAGAUUCAUUGGCCAGCUGGAAGGGAACAUACUGAACGCUGCAAACAUGCAGGGAAGAAUCUGUUGACCGACUGUGCCAAUUUUGUGAGGCUCCUUCAACCAUUCAACAAAACUCAUGUGUAUGCAUGUGGAACUGGAGCGUACCACCCUAAGUGUACAUACAUUGACCUGGGCCACAAUGUCGAGGAACCUGAGCUUAGACUGCUGAACAAUGCUGUCGAGUCCGGGAGAGGGAAAUGUCCUUUUAGUCCACAUGAGUCAUUCACUGCUCGACUCACUGAUGGAGACUUGUAUGCAGGAACGUCAGUGGACUUCAUGGGAAACAAUGCAGCCAUAUUUCGUAGCUCUGUGCACACAACCAGUCAGCACUACAUUCGCACUGAGGCUUAUAAUGACCACUGGCUCAAUGAGCCAGAGUUCGUGGGCUCGUACUCCAUCCCAGACACACAUAGCCUAGACGAUGACAAGGUCUAUUUCUUCUUCAAGGAAACGGCUGUCGAGUCCAACCAGCUGGAUAAGCGCAUCUAUAGCCGAGUGGCUAGAGUGUGCAAGAAUGACAUUGGUGGGAAGCGGAGUCUGAUUAAUCGCUGGAGUACCUUCCUAAAGGCCAGGCUGGUCUGCUCAGUGUCAGGGCCAGGAGGCAUGGACACACACUUCGAUGAGCUGGAGGAUAUAUUUCUCUUGGAGACCAAAGAGCCACAAAAUCCAGUGAUAUAUGGAGUCUUCUCAACUUCGAGCUCUGUCUUCCGUGGCUCAGCCGUAUGUGUCUACUCAAUGGCGUCCAUCCGAGCCGCGUUCAAUGGGCCAUUCGCCCACAAAGAAGGCCCUGACUACCGCUGGGUGGAAUACAAAGGCAGGAUCCCAUAUCCACGUCCAGGGACGUGCCCAAGUGAGACGUACGACCCGUUGCACAAGUCUACCCGUGACUUUCCCGACGAGGUUAUGAGCUUCAUGAGAGGCCACCAACUAAUGUGGGAGCCAGUCAUGCCAAUUCACAGACGGCCACUGUUUACUCACAUCAGUGCCCCCUACAGGCUGAAGAAGUUGGUAGUGGAUAGAGUGGAUGCAGAAGAUGGCCAAUACAAUGUUCUGCAUUUGGGUACAGAUGACGGCAAGGUUCUGAAGGUGGUAUCCAUUCCCAAGGAGAACUGGGAAUCUGAGGAAAUAAUACUGGAAGAGCUGAGUGUGUUUCAGAGUCCUAUCUUAAGCAUGGAGCUCUCCACCAAGAGGCAAGCUCUAUUUGUGAGCAGUGCAGAUGCGGUGGCUCGGUUGCCCCUGCAACGAUGUGAGCUCUAUGGGAAGGCCUGUGCUGACUGCUGCCUGGCCCGGGAUCCUUAUUGCGCCUGGGACGGCACCACCUGCACCACUUAUUUCCCAACUAACAAGAGACGUUCCCGCCGACAGGAUGUGAGGUACGGCGACCCAUGGAGCCAGUGUCAGGAUCUGGGAGAUGGUUCUGAGGAAAUUGAGCUGAAGGUGGUUUAUGGAGUAGAGAACAACUCAACCUUCCUGGAGUGCAGGCCUCCUUCACCACAAGCGACAGUCAAAUGGAUCAUGCAGCAAAGACACAGCCAGAGCACUAAAGAGCUGCUCCCUGGUGAAGACAUCAUCCUCACAAAACGAGGUCUCCUCCUGCAGCAGAUAACUUCCUCAAACGCUGGGCUCUACUUGUGCACAGCUCAUGAGCACUCAUUUUCUCGCACGCUAGCUCGCUACGAGCUGCACGUCAUCUCUGAGCAGCAUGUAUCAAAUACACGCAGCACUCAUCACUCUGACCCCAAAGUGGGUGGCAACUAUGCACCAUCCUCGCUGAGCUACAAGGAGCUGCAUCUGAUCGGCGUUAGUGGUCUAACAGCAGAUGAGUACUGCGAGCAGCUGUGGUACCGCGAGAAACGGAGACAGCAGAAACUGCGCACACUAAAGUGGAAGCAGACAGCCGAGAACCGCAAGGCUCGAGUUCGGCGGCAAAAUCCACCGAUCGAGCCACUCCACUGAAACCAGAGGAACAGACAUUUGAGAAAAACAAAAAGACAUUUGGGUUUGUCUUGGGAGAACAACAUACCGUUCUAGAAUUAGCCACAUUAGCCUUGUUGCUGUUGAUUACUAAAGGAAUCCAGAUUACAAAACCCCCAAAGAAAUAAAUGUUGGUGACCUAUUGUUUAGAAUUCUAAACAACAUUCUCUUGUUAGGAAAAAUUAUCUUUUGGAAUCACAAAAAUGCAUAGAAUUAUACAUGAGUAUAUGAGGAUAUAAUUAAGAGCAACUGAGCGAGAGGCAAAGCUGAGAAAAAAAAACCUUUGAAUGGUUAGAUGAAAGAUUUCAUUACGAGUGAGCAUAAACACAUUUUUGGCCAGAGAUCUGUUCUGUCGCUGUGCCUUAAGCAAUGCAUUAAUCAGUAUCAGGGGUGGACAAAUCAUAAAUUCAUUUGCAAGCCCACUGGGUAAGGGAAUGCAUCAAUGUGCUCACUCAGGACCAUGUUGUGAUUCCUGAAAAUGCUGCACUUAAUAUCCCAAUCAAAUGUAAAAGACAUAAAGACAUGCACUGAACAAAAAAGUCAGAUAUUAUCCUGAAUCGAUAUCUUAGGAGCAGGGAAUCAAGAAAAAGAAUCAAAUGUUCUGUUAGCUAGUCAAAUUUAAAUUCAAGAAAUUUAACCCAAAUGUGUUGCAGCCUGGGAAAGCCCUUAACACUGUGACAUUUUGAUGUUUUCUACCACAUAUAUCUUUGUGAAAAUUACAGGCUUAUCUAAUGACUUGUUCACUGUGUGAGAACAUCAAACUUGGCUAGCGAAGUUUUAGACAACUGUUUUUGUCACCGCAUUCAUUAAACAGACUCCUUACCCAAUGUGAUCUUUGGACAAAGAAAGGCUAGGCAAGUUUUAAAAAAAUCAUUUUGAUGGAAUAUUUUUUCAUCAAUGUUAUAGACAGAAAAAACCCCAAUGAGACACCAGACAGGUUUUCAGAGACCAUCUCACAUAUAUUAUGAGCUAUUAAUACUGAAAGGGUAAUAUAAAUGACUAAUACAAAUAGUUCAUAUUAACAGCUAGAAGACAUCCUUGAACACAUUGCUUGUCUAUCAAGCAAUUAUGAAUAGAAGAAAAAUGAUAGUCUUGACACAGCUAUAGUAUUCAUUUUUUUCUUUAAGCAUUGUUUGAUUUGUAUUAUUUCGUAGUGAAUGGUUACACCAUAUGUUGUGGGCCAGACUGAUGGUCGUGAGAAUCACUGGAACAUGUUGCAGUGCAUUGUUAGUUCAGGAUUUUUCAGAAUGGUGUUCAAUUGCACUUAAUGAAAUCCAGAAGAAUGUGGUUCACUAAUUACAGGGCUGGUUAGUAAUAUCUGUGCCUUCAUCACAGCAAGUAGCAUUGCCGCCCGCAGCUCCAAGUUUCCUAGUUGUAUUCUGAGCUCAGGUUGCUGUCUGUGUGGAGUUUGACACUGAAAAUGUUCUCCUGUUGUUCUCCGGGUGGUCCAGUUUCCUCCCUUCUCACUUCACUUCCUGGCAAAACCUGUGAAACUUUAAAAAAAAGGCCACGGCUCUGGUUCCUAAGGGGCAGUGACAUUGCUAAUGGGCUAAUUCUGAAGUAAAUUAACAAUCAUCCAGGCUGCGUGAAACAAACUGUCAUUCAAAUAUGAACCUGCUUCCUAUAGAUUUAACAUUUCCAAGAUUCAUAUAUCAGUAUGUUAUGAACUUUUGAAAUACAGAAUGUCUGAUCUGACCAAAGCAAGAGUCUCUGGAGGAAGCUCUGUAUACCUCUUAAGCACACCAGGAUGUUCUUUUCUUGCCAGGAAAACCGUCUUUCCCAUGAACAAUCUUAAAUAGGUCUCUGUUGUGUUUGUGGAUACACUGAGCAGAAAUUACAUGUCAUAAGAAACUGUGUAAGUCUUGCUAAUACGGUUGUGGUACCAGUUAGCAUGGUCUCAUUUGAGCUCUGUUAGCCUUCAUUCACCACUAGCAACAUGUAUCCUUUUCAUGGUUAAGUAGUGUUUAGCCUCUCAUACUGUAAUGAUCAUUUACUGAACUGCGGUGUGCUGGAAGAGGCUCAUUGUUCCAUUUUGGGCCACACGUUUGCACGGAAGGAACAUCAAAGUAUGGAAGCAUCUGGGAGAAAUGAGCAUGAAGUAUAGUGGACAGAAUUUAAAAAAAAAAAAGCCAAUCUGAGUUUUGUCUCUACUCAGGAAGAUGGCUUCCAGGUUGACUGGACCAUGGUAAGAGGGAUUUCUUUCUUCUCAUCUUGACAGGCUAAUAGGAAAGAAGUGUCCAAACUGGCCUGAUUUUUGGAAGAUAAACCAAAGCAAAACAACAUGGAUGGCUUCAGCAAAUAUGUGAUAGAUUAUAGAAAUUGGUACAUCAUAUAAACUAUGUUUAAUCUUUAAUCAUAUAUCUGCAUUUUACAUUCCAAUGUUUUUACUGUGUGUCCACAAUAAGAGGUAUAAUAUAAAGACUUUAUAUUUAAUAACAAAUUUACUCAAGCAGUUCAUUGUACUUUUUGUGCUGAGCAAAAUAUGCAUCAUGUUAUGGUCAUUUUAUUUGUACGGUGUAUAUGUUGUGCUAAUAAGUUAAAAAUUCACCCAGUGUGUGGUAUUGAACAAUACGUUUACGUGUCAUAACACUGAGCGGAUGGAGACUCAAGAUGUUUUGUGCAACUGUAACAGUGUGGUUGUUCAUUUCCAUCUGGUGUUCAUUUUUACUCUGGUUUGCAUCAUUAAUAUAAUUUUUCCAAAAAAUCUUGCUUGACGUAUUUUAUUAGAUCACAACCAGUGACCUCUUGAGAAAGCUGAAUGUGUGCCAUCAUUAUUGAAUCUAUUUCAUGAAGCUAUUUCAUUUCAUUAACAAUAUAAUUUAUGGUUUAUGUUUCACUUUACAAGACUAUAAGGUCACUAUGCUUGGAUCAGACAAAUCUUUUGAUGAAAUGACUUUUCACUUUUCUGCCAUCACCUAAAAUUACACAUUUAUUUCAUUGUGUACAGAUUUUUUUUCUAAAUCUUUUUGUAUAAACUAAUAUUUGUGUGAAAUCAAUUAAAAUACAUUUAAUGUA